AUGAAGAUGUGGGACGUCAUAAUGGUCAUGAUGUAUUUGCCUAUCGUGGCAACUUUAAUACCUAUCGAGUUUCUCGCCCCGGUUGCGCUAGCAACGGUAGUGCUCACUGGAAAACCUCCCGGUGGUUACUCUUACAAUCGCUUCAGAGGGCCAGUGAGCGGUCAAAUAGUGGAGGUGCAAGUACCAGCCGCGGAAGGCAUAGCAGCACAACAACAUGCCGACUAUGGUUAUGACCACCAAUCAGGGCAGAUUCAUCCAGAUACUGCCAAAUAUGCGCACUUAAAGACGGUGGAUUACGUGGCUAAACCCGAUUACCAUUACGCAUAUGGAGUAGAAGAUCCGCACACCGGAAAUCUACAGAAUCAUAAAGAACAGCGUGAUGGAGACGUUGUUCGUGGUGAAUACUCCCUCGUCGAGCCAGACGGCUCGGUGCGUCUUGUGCGGUAUACCGCAGACCCUAAAAAUGGAUUCCAGGCAACGGUGCAUAAAAGCGCCGGCGGUCAGACACAACAGCAGCCCAUUCAAUACGGUCACGUAAAACGUGAAGAAGAUGACUCUGGUGAAUACUAG